AUUUUUUUUUCUUUCUAAAGUAGAACCAUGCCAUACACCAUACCAGCUGCCGUAGGAUGGCACUAUGGAAUGUUAUGUAUUCUUAACAUCAAUAAGCACGACACUGUUCGUUCUGUCAACUGUAUCGCAAGUAAGGGUAUUGUAGUAAGUAGUAAGCGUCCUGAUUUCUCUUUCAUUAAAGGAAAAGAACGUGUGUAUCUUGUGAAAAUACUCUGCAAACAAUGUGGUAGAGCCAUCCGACCUUACCAUUUUGUAAAAAACCAUAGUGUAUAUAUACUACCUAAAUUAGUGGCCAUCAGUUCUGUUUUUUAAACAAGUAUUUAAUACAGUAUUGAAUGAUAGGUGAAUAGGUGGAAGUCUAGGACAGCAAGCUUUACUCUGGUGCCUAUAGACCAAGUACAGAGAAUGUUUGAUGAAUCGAUGAGGAUAAAAUGAUAAAUAUAGACUUUGAUCCAGAGUACAAGAAUGAUCUUUAUAACAAUGACCUAAAUUUGGAAAAUUAAAUAGACAACAAACGUUGAUGGUAUUCAUUUCCGUUUGGGAGAAAACAUCCCCCAC